AAGAUCACUCUCGCACAACACUGCACGUGGGCUGCUUCUGCAUUCUGGUUUGACUAAUAAUAAACCUUCAUGUGUUUUUAAUUUAUGUUUCGGAACAUGUUCAACAAUCGUACCCGUUCUUGCAUUUGGUGAUAUUUUAACAAAGAUGAGACAAAGCAGUAGUGGAUUUUCGUCGACAAGCACAAAGUCCCGACAUCUCCCCAGUAAAGUAACUCCUCCCGUUGUAUCGGAAAAAUUGUGGGAGCGGAUCCCAAAGCAUCCGCGCUUAACACAGUUAAAACCAGAGUGGGGACGAGUUCCUAAAGUUUCAGAACCGGCUUUGGAUGACCUGGGAAGUCCACAUAUUCGUUCCUUUAACUGGGCGUGCAACGAGGGUCUAAAGAAAGUCAUAAAAGAGCUGCCAGCAAUUUCUUUCGAACUUCCGUCAAGAGAUCGGAUCACAUUGAGUAUCAGCGAUGCACGAUUGACUUCCCCUAAAGUCCCUAAUGGAGCUAUUGGCUGUAAGGAUUACAAGGUGUAUCCAACUGAAUGUAGACAGAGAUAUUCAUCGUAUAAAGGUGAUUUCUACGCAUAUUUGACGUGGUGGAUAAAUGGGUCACAACAACCAACUGUAGAGAAAUGUUUAGGUCCAAUUCCUGUAAUGGUGAAGUCGAAACUUUGUAACCUACAUAAUCUUGCUCCACCACAACUAGUAGAGAAGGGAGAGCAUGAAACCGAGUGGGGUGGAUACUUCAUUGUUAAAGGACACGAGAAAUUGAUUCGAAUGUUAUUAAUGACACGAGCAAAUUAUCCUAUUUACUUGCUAAGAUCAUCGUGGGAAUCUCGAGGGAAAGGGUUUACUGACAAAGGUGUACUAAUUCGAUGUGUUAGAGAAGACCGUAGUUAUUUGAACAAUGUAUUACACUACUUGAGCGAUGGUGGCGUAAAACUCAUGUUCAAUGUCGGACGAGAGCUGUUCUUUGUUCCUUUGAUGAUGAUAAUGAAGGCGUUGGUUGAUGUGACGGAUGAAUUUAUUUAUAAACAGUGUGUAGCUGGAUAUGACGACAAUUUAUUCAUGAAGGGGUGCAUUAUUGAUAUGCUACGUGAUCUUCACCGACAGGGUGUACAUUCUCAUCACCAGGCGAAAGAAUUUAUUGGUGAAAAGUUCGAGUCUCGUAUUCAUCGAAUAAUUGGAGAGUGGAAAACAAGUGCCCAAUGUUGUGAAUACCUUUUAGAGAAGAGCGUGGCAAUACAGUGUGAUGCUCCAAUGGAUAAGUUCCACUUCCUCGUAUUUGCAAUGCAGAAAUUAUAUUGUGGUGUUCAAGAUAUGUCUUGUCCAGAGAGCCCAGAUCAUGUUAUGACUCAAGAAGUUUUACUUGGCGGCCAUUUAUAUCUCCAAAUUAUUAAAGACAAAUUAUUAAAUUGGCUGACGAGUAUUCAAUAUGCUGUGUUAAAAAAAUGCAGAGAUCCAACAUCUUCAUUACAACCUAGUGAAAUGGGUAGCAUCGUUGCUAGUACUUUCCAGUUUGAAAGAAAUUUUGAAGCAUUCAUAGCGACUGGAAAUGUACCUUUAAACACUGGACAGGGACUACCUCAAGUAACAGGCCUUACGAUUGUAGUAGAAAACCUCAACCGUCUUCGUUACUUGGCCCAUUUUCGGUCAGUACACAGAGGUGCGUUUUUUCAAGAACUUCGAACAACGGAUGCAAGACAGUUACAACCGGAUGCUUGGGGUUUUAUAUGUCCCGUACACACCCCUGACGGUGCUCCGUGUGGCCUUUUAAACCAUUUAAGUGCGUUUUGUCGAAUUGUGACAGAAACUCAAGACUCUACUCAUAUUCUUGGUUUGUUAAUCUCAUUUGGAAUGACUCCUAUUGGACAAGAUUGUCCAUGUCCUAUCAAGGAAUGCUACAAAGUGAUAUUAGAUGGAAAAAUCCUUGGUUAUAUUCCGGACGAGGUAGCAAAGAAAGUAGUAGACAAAAUGAGACUAAUGAAAAUAAAGAAUGACAAGAUCCCAACAUACACUGAAAUUAUUCUAAUUCCAAAACGCCAAAAGGGCCAACACCCUGCUUUAUAUCUAUAUACUAGUCUAGCAAGAAUGAUGCGACCUGUAAUUAACCUACAAGCAAAUGAAAUUGAAUAUAUCGGUACUAUGGAACAACUGUACCUCGACAUUUGCAUCAUUCCAGAAGAAGCAUACCCAGGCGUUACUACUCACCAAGAAAUUAAUGAACAGAGCUUUUUAAGUCACUUGGCAAAUCUUAUACCAAUGCCUGAUAAUAACCAAUCGCCUCGAAACAUGUACCAGUGUCAGAUGGGGAAACAGACAAUGGGAACUCCGUAUCACACAUAUCACAGGUUUUCAGAAAACAAGUUAUAUCGUUUGUAUUUUCCGGGAACCCCAUUCUUCCGUCCUGCACAUUACGAUUAUCUUAAACUUGACGAUUAUCCAUCGGGAACAAAUGCAAUUGUCGCUGUCAUAUCCUAUACAGGAUAUGACAUGGAAGAUGCCAUGAUUAUUAGUAAAUCAGCAUUUGAACGAGGAUUUGGCCAUGGCUGUAUUUAUAAAUCUGAACAUAUCGACCUGAAAUAUGUUUUGAAGAAUACAAAAACCCAGAGCACAUUCAUGAGAGAUCCGUUGGACACAGAAGUUGCAAACAAAUUAGGACCAGACGGACUUCCAUACAUUGGCGUAGAGUUAGAUAAAGGAGAUCCAUACUUUAGUUUUUUCAACGCAGAAGAAGGAAAGUAUGUUGUGAAAAAAUUCGGGGGGAUGGAAAGAGUUUAUGUGGAUAAUAUCAAGCUGAAAGGCAACGAUAUGGGAUCAUUAGAGAAAUCAAAUGUCGUAAUCGUCUUUCGUGUUCCCAAAAACCCAAGAAUGGGGGACAAAUUUGCUAGUCGUGCUGGACAAAAAGGAAUUUGUAGUUACCUUUGGCCAUCGGAAGAUCUCCCAUUUACAGAAUCCGGUCUUAUUCCUGAUAUUGUUUUCAAUCCUCAUGGCUUUCCAUCUCGAAUGACUAUUGCCAUGAUGAUCGAGAUUCUGGCUGGUAAGGGAGGAGCGUUACAUGGUUUGGUCCAUGAUGCCACUCCAUUCAAAUUUUCAGAAGACGAUUCAGCUAUUGAUUAUUUUGGAAAACUUUUAGAGAAAGCGGGGUACAACUACUAUGGAACAGAGAGGAUGUACAGUGGAACUGACGGCAGAGAACUAACAGUUGACAUAUUUUUCGGUAUUGUUCACUAUCAACGUCUUCGACACAUGGUCUCUGAGAAGUGGCAGGUGAGGUCCACUGGUCCAAUUGACUCUGUUACACAUCAGCCCAACAAAGGGAGGAGACGUGGUGGAGGGGUGCGUUUCGGUGAGAUGGAGAAGGACUGCCUAUUGUCCCAUGGAGCGUCAUACCUGUUACAGGACAGAUUAUUCUAUGGAUCCGACAGAACAACAACACAGAUUUGCUUAGAUUGUGGUUCUAUCGUGUCACCAAUUGUUAUAAUUCCACCAAUGGCAACCGGGACCACAUUGUUAGAAACACCAAAACCAAUAUGCUCAUUAUGCGGGAAACAAGACUCGAUUGAAGUAAUGGAGAUCCCCUAUGUUUUCAAGUAUUUGACUGAACAGUUGGCGUCUGUAAAUAUUAAAUUAAAACUAGAUGUGCAGAUUGUAUAACUUAAGACUCAAUGAAUAAAUAUUGUAUGAACUUGAGAUUUCGGUA